GAGAUUUCUCUGGCGGUGUUAUCGAAAUAAAGGGAUGUAACAACAACACGCACUUAGUCAACGCAUGGUUAUGAAAGGGAGUUUUUUAGAAUUGUCAUGUCAUAUAAAAUAUUUUUGGUUUAUGAAUCAGGAUUUUUUAGGUCUGAGGCUUUAUUGUGCAUUGAAGUUCACAUUAACAUUUACACGACGUUUAUAUGAAUGAGUAUCAAAUACAGCUUAGAUAUAAAAUACUCUGGAGGAAGUAAAAGUAUAUUUUCAUGUGUUUUUUGCAGUCUUUUGCGUUCUUUUCCAUAGAUUUUAAAACGAAUAGUCAAUAUUUUCAUGUAUAAACAACCCUGGGAUUUUUUAUAACAUGUUAGGUCACGUUAAUUUGUUCUUAUGAACAUUUGCUCUCUCAAUGACGUGUAUAUAAGCCCGUUUUGGCUGACCAUUUUUCAUUCUUUCUAGCUUUCUAAAGAUGUUAUCCUGUGAAGAACUAGCAAUAAUGAGAAAUUUACCCGCUCUUGUGUCAGAUUUGGAUAGUAUGGAUAUUAUUGAUCACCUUACUGCUACUACUCCUCCAUUAAUCACUCCUACUGAUUAUGAAUCAAUUAUAUCGACUUCCCAAAGAGAAGGCAGAAGAGCAGGAAUAAGAUGUUUAAUUGCUUGUUUACUACGUCGAUCGGAAAUCCAAAAAGUAUUCAGAUCUUUUCUGAAUAUAUUAAAAGAAGAUUACGGCCACUUGUUUGAUUUGCUAGACAAAACAUACGAGAGCUUAAAAAAUAAAAAUAACGAUGAAUCUGAUUUUGGUGCACUAAGCAAAAUUUCCUUUUGUUCUAGUAUCGUUUUGGAGACAGAAAAUCCACUAACCGUAACUACCCCUUGUCAAUCGGUCUCCAAAGACGUUGAUCAUUCGAAGAUGUUUUUAAAAGGGCUUGGAGUUUCUGAAAAUGAUAUCAUAUUCAACAUUAUUUCAACUAUAUGCUCACAUCCAAUUGCUGUUAUGAAUUGGGAAAAUCUUUUAAAUGAAUUGAUAGGAUGUAAUACUAUUAAUCCUAUUGGUAUUUUUAUGAACAGUAAUAAUUCACACUUAAAAAACAGUGAUUCAAGCAUGAAAGAUUUUGAAGAUUUUCUAUGGUGUGCAUCGAAUUGUCGUCGUGGCCUCUUUCACUUUUUCUCAAUCAAUAUAAUUCGAAAUUUAGAAAAUCGUGGUUCUCCUCUCAAACGAUCAUAUCCAGCGAAUUUUGAUACUGUUAAGUUUAAUGCUCAAUUAAUUCGUAAAUUAGUCACAGAAAAAUUAAUUCCAACUUUACAACAUUUUAAUCUCUGGAAUUUAGCCAAUCGCAUUCAAACACAGAUUGAAUACAAUGAUGCAAAUAAUUGUGACUCUGUGAAAAACUCUAUUUUGGAUAGAUGUAGCCUUCUGUAUAUGAAUAGUUUUCCUUUAAAAUUACUCGAUUCUACCUGUCAUAAUAAUAUUAACAACGAUAGUAAUUUACUGUUUGAUCUAAAUCAACCUAUUUCAUCAUAUGACCUAUUGAAAUCUUGUCCUCAAUUUAAUUAUGCAAAAUCUUUACUUUUCUCAUGUAUUGAACCAAUAUUUCAUCAUUCUCUUAUACUUUUGGAUUGGCCAUUUCUACUUCAUGAAUUAAAUGUUUGUUCUAAUUGUAUUUUAUAUUUACUCAGUUGUCAUUCUUCUUCACAAUGUUUAUUAUCUACCAAAAAUAGUAGUAGUAGUAAUAGUAGUAUUUUAUUAACUGAAUCAAACAAUCGUAAUUCUUUUUGUCAAAAUAUUCAAGAUGAGAAAAUUAAAAAUGUUGCGUUGGUUAUUCUUUUCUGUACAAUACUUCAAAAUACAUUGUAUCAAAAAAUGAUUAUAGAUCAAGAUAGUCAAAAUCUAAGUCAACUUGUACAGUCUCUGAGUGAAAGUGUUCAAAAGUCAUGUGUAGCAUCUAUAAUUCAUACGAAAUUAUUACCAGCUCUACAAUGUCUUGAUUUGAAUGCAUUACAUAGUGAAAUAGAACAAUUGGCUUUUCAAAUGCUUCAUUAAGAUUUUUCUUGUAAAUUCUAUCUAUGUAUAACAUUGUGUAAGUUAAAGUGUUCUUGAAUUCUGAUCUAUGUCCGUCAUCCCUCUUGAAAAAGCAUAGGUCGCCCAACAGGAUUCUCCACUGAACUCUGUCCUGGGCAAACCUUUCCAAUUGUUUCUGAUCGCUAUUCAUUCUCUUGAUGUCUGCUUCCAAUCGCGACCCUUGAUUUUCCUUUUUCUCUUCAGGAUUCCAAGUUAGUCCUUGCCUUGUGGUUCCGUCUGAUGAUUUCUACAAUGUAUAUCCUAUCCACUUUCAUCACAUUUUCUUAAUUUCCUCUUCAGCUUGUGAAUCCUGAUUACUUUAAGAAAAAUCAUCUCAGUCUCUUUUUCUAUUUAUCUUUUUUAUGAUACCAAACAAGAUUAUGUUUUUUUGCACAAAACCCUAAGCAUUAAAGGUCAUUUAUAAAUAGUUAUCCUUGUUUAUACACCUCCUAUUGUUUUAGAGUUGAUCAUUAUUGUUAAGUUUUGCUUUUUUACUGGAUUUAGCUCUCAGUGACUGAACUAUUUUUAUUUUUGUGACCGUAAAAUAAAAAAUGUUCUGAA